AUGGCGACAGUCCACCCCUCCCGUAUGGGCCUCAUCCCACAAGAAAUGGCUUCCUCACCACCUCCCCGUUCUUCGUACCGCUCUCUGAAAGACGAUCAUGACAGGGACCGCAAACAUGCCAAGGAUAAGGAUAGGGAAAGGGAAAGGGAGCCCAGUAGUCGGGAUAGGGAUAGGGAUGACAGGAGGGACGGAGGGCGUGACCGUGACGAGGAGAGGAGCCGGGGCAGGGAUCGUGAGAGGGACAGAGAUGAAGACAAGGAUAAGGAUAGAGCGGGCGGCAAGGACAAAGAGAAGCGCGUACGCAUUCGACGUGCGAGCCCUGAGUAUGAAGAAUAUCGUCGUCCGGCGAGGUCUCCUCCUCCCCAUCUCCCAGCUCAUAGCGGAGAUGGCGACAGAGCUGGAAAGGACGGUGAGGCUGGGAACGGAGGAGCUCCGUGGAGGAAACAGGAGAACAUGUAUCCGCCGAGAAGGGGUGAUGGAGGCGGUGGUGGUGGUGGUGGUGGAGGCGCUGAAGGUGGACAUGGGUAUGGUGGAGGUGGAGGUGGGUAUGGAGGUGGUGGGUACGGUGGUGGAGGGAGCGAUUACUUCGAGGGACGCAGACAGCAGAGACUGAGUACCACACUGAGUAUCUGGCCUCCGUCGCCCAAACACGCUCAUCGCGAACUCUCACCCGAACGAGACUCAAAAUCGCGCCGUAGCAAGCACAGCAAACGUCGUCGCUCUCCCACUCCCUCCGACUCCGACAUUACAGAUAGCGAAGAAGAACGCCGUCGUCGCGAAAAGAAGGAGAAGAAACGUCGCGAGAGGUCCGAACGCAAGGACAAAGACAAGGGCCAUCAUCGCAAAGACCGAAAAAGCUAUUCCGACGACGAGGACGAUGAGAGAGAGCGGAGGCGAAGAAAGGAGAGGAAAACGAGGUCGAGGUCGAGGACUCCUCCACGCAAGGAAAAGGAGAAGGAGAAGGAACAGGAUAUGAAGAUGGACGUGGAAGAAGACUGGGUCGAGAAAUCCGCGCCCUCUGGAACUUUCAUCCCCGACGCGUCCGCCUCGUCUUCAUCAGCGCUCAUGCCCCCACCCUCUCACAUCCCUUCCCACGCCAAAUCGAAUUCCAAGGCAGAAGACGACGAAGACGAUGACGACGAAGUCGGUCCUCAACCCCUUGUAGUUGCAUCCUCCAAAUCCAAAAAGGUCGACGAAAGAUCGUACGGAGGGGCCCUCCUCCGUGGUGAAGGUUCCGCCAUGGCCGCCUUCCUCCAGGAUGGCACCGACGUCCGUAUUCCUCGUCGUGGUGAGAUUGGUCUCGACUCGGACGAGAUCGCAGCCUAUGAGCAGGUGGGGUACGUUAUGAGCGGAAGCAGGCAUAGGAUGAUGAACGCCGUGCGUAUGAGGAAGGAGAACCAGGUUAUCAGUGCGGAGGAGAAGAGGGGUAUAUUGAAGUUGCAGGAGGAGGAGAGGCAGAGGAGAGAGGCGAUUUUGAGAGAGGAGUUCAGCCAGUUGUUGAACGAGAACCUGAAGGACGCAGAGAAGGGGAGGAAGUGA